UUCACUUAUGCAGUAUAGAGAGAAGUUGGUGUCGGGCAAAGUAGUUUACAAGGUGAGCGGGACCUGGCUUCGAGUCUUAACAAUAAUAAUCAGAAAAUGCGCCAUAAAACUUAAAAUUAAAGUAAACUCGCGAAUAUGGUGUUGACGGGGAAGCUGAUCGUGAGGGUGGCCUUUUGUAUCUGUGUGGUGCUCUUGGUGAUCUCGGACUAUUCGGGGUUGAUUAACAAAUUGAUCGGAGGUAGUCAAACUGAUGAACGCAAGAACACACCACCGAGACCUACGAAUCCUGGUUACGGCGAUUCUAAGGCGGAUAUUGAUAUUGAUGCUGAUAUUGAAGAAGAAUCUGUGAGACAUUUAGCAGCUGCCCAAGCAACGAAAACUCAAGUGAUGCGGACGAUAAAAAACGCCUGUCUGCCAAAGUUAAUCUGUGAACUAACUGCCACACCCCAAAAAGAGAAAUUGACUGAAACUGAAAAAUCACUGCUCAAUUUGCUUAGAGAGACAACUAUAAGCACUACGGCGGAAUUGACCUCUAAAUACCACUUUGCAGCGCACAUGGGCCAACUAAUCGCCGGAGUGGACGGAAAUGGUUGCCAUAACUUUUACCCAACAUGCCCCUUUCCAGGAUUGCAAGUUCUCCAGAUGAUGAAAAAAGUCCGGAUGCGAUGAGAGCCAAAAGAAAUUCAUUUUAUUUGCUCCGUCCAAGGGAUCUUAAUAAUGAGGGCCAUUGUGAUUGAUAAACGCUUACUACCACCCAUUUUUUUGUAUUAUAUUGUUUCGUGAAUUAUAUGUGAUAUUAUUAAUUAUUAAAA